AUGGCUAAUGAUACGAUGGCCUUGCAGAUUUUGCAAACCACCGUGACUGAUCAAAUCUUCUCAUGCAUUGCGCCAACAACAACAUUUGAAGAGGCAUGGGAGGCUUUGAAGACUGAAUAUAAAGGAUCUAUGCAAGUUCGUUUGAUUAAACUUCAAGCGUUGCGUAGGGAAUACGAAAAUCUGAAGAUGUACGAUGGAGAAAACAUCAAAUCAUUCACCGAUAAGUUGAUUGUCUUUGAGAAUCAAUUAACUUAUCAUGGAGAAAAGAAAACAAAUUCUCAAAUCAUUCAGAAGAUACUCAUCUCUCUCCCAGCCAAGUUUGAUAGCAUUGUUAGUGUUUUGGAGCAAACUCGCGACUUGGAUUCAUUAACGAUGACAGAGCUAAUCGGAGCAUUCAAUGUUCGCACAAAGGCAAGAAAAACCGGUUCCAAACAAGACAACACUAAAAGCCGUGGGAAUCAAGGCAAGAAGUGGUGUGAGUUUUGCAAGAGAAACAACCACACAAACGAAGAGUGUUGGAAGAAACCGAAGGAGAACGAUCAAAGAAAGAAUAACAAGAGCAAUAUUAAGUGUUACAAUUGUGGUAAGAUCGGCCACUACUCAAACAAGUGUCGCUCAAAGAAGAAAGAGAGGGCACAUGUGAGUCUCGAAGAAGAAGACUCGAGUGAUAAAGAUCACAUGUUGUUUACCGCAAGUGAAAUCGAAGCAGCAACAAAAGAAGAUGUCUGGUUAGUAGACAGUGGAUGCACUAACCAUAUGACUAAGGAGGAGGGAUAUUUCUCUAAACUUGAAAAGAGUGUCAAAGUUCCGAUAAAAGUCGGCAAUGGAGAAAUAGUCAUGACAGCCAGUAAAGGAGAUGUUACCAUCAUGACAAACAAUGGCAAGAAGAUCAUUCAAAACGUGUUUUUGGUGCCUGGCUUGGAGAAAAAUCUAUUGAGUUUUCCUCAAAUCAUUUCAAGCGGCUAUCGAGUGAGUUUUGAAGACAAGAGAUGCAUCAUACUUGAUGCAAAAGGCAAGAAGAUAAUGGAGAUUCCAAUGAGUCACAAAAGUUUCAGAAUCAAGUUGAGAAUGGUUUAA